AUGCUUCUCACGUUUGUAAUCUUCGCCACUGUCUCUUCAGCUGUAGCUCAAACCGCAGCAAACUGCAGCGUCAAAGGAUACGACACUGGCAAGCAGCCAGCUUUCCUCACCAACCCGAACAUUACGACAACCACAGGCUGCAAGACCUUCUGCGCGGAGACCAUUUACGACAAAUGCCAGAGUUUUGCUGUUGGGCCGUUCUGUCUACUGUAUAAUGUUACGGUGACUGGGAAUGUUAAUGUGGUGUCUGCUAGUCCGUGGACGUUUUAUGAUGCGGCUUGUAAGGUCUGA